AUGCGAUCCGCCCUGCAGUGCGUCGAGGCGGUGGCGGGCGUUGCGCGGCCGGUGGCUGUCGAGGCGCUCGUCUCGGGCGCGUGCGCCCGCCUCGUCGCGCGUGUGCCGCAGAUGGCGCCCGGUGCGGCCGAGGCGCUGCUCUGCGAGGUGGUCGGCGCCGGCGCGCUGAGCGACGAGGCGCUCGCGCCGGCGGCGCACGCGCUCAUCGAGCGCGCGCCCUCCGUGCCGGCCGUGGUGAUAGAGGCGGCCGCGGUGGGCGGCGCGGUGCUCCUCGCGUCGCUGCCCGUCGGCGCCAAGCGGCGCAUCAUCGAGGCGGCGCCCGAGCGGUUCAUCCACCAGCUCUUCCCGCUCUUGAUGGAGUACAUCGCGCCGACGCGGCACACGCGUGUGCUCUCCGACGUGCUCGGCCUCUCCAGGCAGCUGCCGGCUGAGCGCCGCUCCGCCAUCGCGCCGCUCUCCGCGCUGCUCAGCCUCGCGCCCGUCUACCAGGAGCUCCUCAAGCUGUCGCACGACGUCUACAAGAACACUCUCGACGUCUUCAUCGCGAUGCUGCGCUGCGACGUGCUGAUGGCGAUCAUCGACGCGCCGGCGCCGGCGCCCGUGGGUGCCCGCGCCCGUCCGCCGGCGGGGGGGGUGCCCGCCGCCGCGCCGCGCGCCGCCGCCGCCAACUUGUCCGAGUGGGACCCCGCCCACACCCUCGUCGCCUGCCUCGACCUGUGCUGCCGCCGCGGCGAGGCGGACCGGAAGCUCCUUCGGCAGGUGCUCUCCUACCUCGCGGCGCAGGGGCUUCCGCCCGUCGCGGACCUCCCGUCGCUCACGCCGCCCAAGCCGCCCAAGGAGCCGCCGCGCAAGAAGCAACGCGGCGGGCGCGGGGGGCGCGGCGCGGCCGCCGCCGAGGCCGCCGUCGCCGCCGCCGCCGCCGCCGCCGACGUGACUUUGGACUAG